UCCUCUGCUCUUCUACCAUCCACAAAAGAAGAAUAACUCGUUUUGUACUUCAUCUUUGUUUUGAAGGAAUGGCUGCUGCUAGGAGAAAGCUUACUGUAGUUGGAGAUGACUGCUCUGGUAAGACGUGCCUCCUCUUCGCUCUGUGUCACAAUCAGCUCCCCACAUUCUACGAGCCAACCCUGUUUGACACGUAUGCCACUGACAUAGAGGAAGAUGGGAAGGAGAUGAAACUAUUUCUGUUUGACGUGUCAGAAAAAGAUGAAGCCAGUUACCGAAAUCUCCGCUCAGUGUUCUAUGAGGACACCAACAUUAUUUUAAUAUGUUUCUCAGUGGACAGGCCUGACUCGCAGCAAAACGUCCUUGACUUUUGGGUUCCAGAAAUCAAACUGUUUUGCCCCACGGUUCCUAUUAUUUUGGUGGCUACCAAGAUUGAACUGAGGGAUGAUGAAGGUAUCAGAAAGAAAUUAGCUGCUCAAGGCUAUGAGCCGAUUAACACUGUAAAAGGAAAAGCUUUAGCUGCCAGGAUUGGGGCAUAUGCUUACCUGGAGUGUUCUGCCAAGACAAAAGAAGGUGUUGAUACCGCCCUGGAGAUAAUUAGCCAAUGUGCAUUAAAUGAGAAAAAGAGGAGAAAGAAGCGCCAAAGGUCCUGCCAAAUUUUGUAAGAGGCACAAAUACUAUUUUGUUUUUAGUUUUCAUUAUGUGGAAGAGUGAGUAGAUGUCUUCGAUGAUGUUGUAUGGGUGCUGUAAGGGCUUUUAUGGUACAAGAUGGAAAAAACAUUUAUGUGGAUGGAAAGUCUGCAAAGUCUCUCACUUGAAAAGUUGGAUUUGUUUCCUAUUCCAAAGCAGGCUGAAGAAUACAAUUCCAGGUUUGAGCUGAGCACCAGUCUUAAAAAAUGGAAAUGAACAAGCUACAGUUCUUCACAGAGUUGUCUUGGUCAAGGGAGAUAUAUACAGACUGGGACAAUCAUGAGUGCAUGGAGGUCAGUGAAUCUAAUCAUUACUUCCUGGUAAUCAUGACUUCCUUUGGUGGCAAGCAGCUGUGCUGAGAAGGUUUACUAGUGUGCACUCCCUUCCAUACGCUUCUUUGAAGAAUGCCCUUAGGGAAUAGAGUCACUACACAGACACUCACAUACACAUGUAUCCAGUAGUCUGCUGUUCUAAUAGGAAUGGCUUUCUGACUGGCAGAACAGGUCUAACUUUUCGCAGGAUUCAUUCACAGAUCUGACCUGGCUUGGUUCCAUAAAUGCACUAGGGAUACAAUAUAUAGUAUAGAGUGCAACGAAGGCAGUGCUAUGUACUUCUUCAGGCACAGGUAAAACAGUUUACCCAAGGAACUGGGAUAAAGCAGCCUGGGUCUGAGUUAAGAUCCUUUUCUUAACGGAAUUCUUACCUUAAAAUGAGAGAGGCAAAGAGACCUGACUUCAGUGUCUAAAAUUCUUUAGAAGUCUCCAUGGUUUGAGCGUGUCUUAAAUCUUCCUACCUUUCCUUAGCACUUGCAGGCUGAAAACAUGAAGUAAAAGGAAUGCUGACAUCUACACUCUCUGCUUUGCAAGUCAUUGACAAUUUGGAAAGAGACUAAAACAUGCUGUCAACCUAAGCAGAGAAUCUCAGGGAAGCACAAAGAUGAGGCAAGAUGGAAAGACUUUGAGUGCAUCUCCAUGCUCUUCCCUUCUCCGAAGCACUGUUUGCUGCCAGCCCAAGGAACUGAUUUACAGACUGACAUUAAAGGUGCAAGUCUGGGAGAUAAAAGAUAAUGUAACUAUGGGAUUUGGAGACAGAUGCUAUAACAGGAAAUGAACAUAAAAAAGUUCAAAGGUAAACUCCUGAUAAAGGGACAGGGCUAAUUGAGCGUAACUGUUGUGAACCAGGAGAAUGUGGAAGUGCAAUACUUUCUUUUGCUGACUUACCUAGUGGUGGUUUCAUCACUCAGCAGCUUGUCUAAAGUUUCCCAGGGGAAAACAAGACUAAACACAAAAUGUUUCACUGAUUAUGCAACCUGCAGCUAUACCCUUAGCAAACUAGUUUUCCCAGAUUACAGACCUAGUAAAAUACACACUUCAUAUUUUUCUUGCCCAUACUUCCCACCAACAUCUGUCUAUUGAUAGUAACAUGUAUAGAAAUACCAGAGUUGGCCAGGUAUUAUUGAGUGGGUUGCUGCUACUUUUUAGUAGUAGAUUUGAGUAACAAAUGUUUUAAGGAUGAUGCUUUACAUUUCCAAAGAAUCUCUGAGCUCUAUUCAACUUGAAUUACGAAUCCAUUUCUUGGUGAUAAAAAAAGUGUUACUUCCAUUUUCCAAACUGAGAAACUUAAAUUGUUGCCUAAAGUAAGUGUGAACCAUCUACUACAUGGAGUUCCUGUUUUUCUUUAUUCAUUUUCUUCACCCUUUUCCCUCUGGAGACAAUUUUUCACCUCAAUUUCUUCCACUCUGUAAUAAUCCCCUCUAUGCAACUUGAUAUUGUACACAAAUUUAAAACCAUUUUCCCCUUUCCUCCUUGGAUGUGUGUUCUGUGCAUAAGUGCUCUACAGAUUCAGGUAACGACAUACAUUAAUGCAUUUCAAAGAGCUGUAUUUAUGUAGAUAGGUUUAAAUUGUUAUUUCCAUUUUAUAUGUGUAUGUGUGGGUGAGGAGGAUUAGACUGCAGGUAGGCUGAAGAACACAGGUCUCGUGCUUCUGAUGUAGGGUGUUAAUCUGGAGAAAGACCGCUUUGCAAAGAUGGUAAGCACUGUCUGCUCCCACUGUUUGGAAAGCACAACCACUUUGGUGAAUCUCAAGUUACACUGCCUGUUCUUAGUAGGAUACGGGUCAGCAUGUUGAUGAGAAUCUGUUUUCAAUCCAAGAAAACAAGUUUUUUCUUGAGAAGAGUGCUUUGCUCAAGAAAAGAGUAGCUGGUCAAUGGCUCUGUGUCCAAGGGGAAGUGAGUCACAAGUGGUGUCCCUCUGGGGUCCAUCUUUGGGUGGUGCCCUUCAGCACCUUUAUCAGUGACCUAGGCAGUGGGAUCAAGAGUAUCCUCAUUAUAUUUGAUGAAGACACCAAGCAGAGUGGUGCAGCUGAUAAAACAGAAGGAAGGGAGGCAUCCAGAGGGACCUGGACAGAUUUGAAAAGUGGGCCUGUGUGAACAUAAUGAGGUUCAACAAGGCCAAGUGCAAGGUGCUGCACUUCGGUCGGAGCAAUCCCAGGUAUGGGUACAGACUGAGAGAAGAACUCAUUGAGAGCACUGCUGAGGAGAAG